AUGCCCCACGGGGCCAUGGACGUCGAGAAGGCUCCCGCCGUCGACAAUGCCUACGAAAGCCGCAGCGCCCAGACAAGCGACCAUGUGAGCGAUAACGCUGUACCGGGCGAAAGCUUCGAGUAUGGUAACUCGCUCUACGCGAAGGUCCAGCGAGUCGCGGGUAAAUUUAGCGUCGAGCAGCGUGGUGUGGAACGUGUACCGGAUAAUGAGCGGACGGAUAUUUCCUACUUGAAUAUCGGCAGCAUGUGGCUGGCCGCCAACAUGGUCUCGAGCUCCUUCGCCAUCGGUGUUCUUGGUAUGACCACCUUCUACCUGGGAUUCGUUGAUGCGAUCCUCGUAUCUCUAUUCUUCAACUUGCUGGGAGUCAUGUCCGUUUGCUUCUUCUCCUGCUUUGGACCUCCCUUCGGUUUGCGCCAGAUGGUUCUCUCCCGUUUCUGGUUUGGAUGGUGGCCUGUGAAAUUCAUCGCCAUCCUUAACGUCAUCGCUUGUGUCGGCUGGUCAGCUGCCAAUGCUAUUGUCGGCGCGCAACUCCUUAACGCAGUCAAUGGCACUGUUCCCGGUUUCGCUGGUAUUCUCAUCGUUACUUUCUGCACUCUCUUCAUCACAUUUGCCGGAUACAAGGUCGUUCACAUCUAUGAGUACUGGAGUUGGAUCCCUACUUGCAUCGUGUUCAUCAUUGUGCUCGGAACAUUCGCCCACUCCGGCGCCUUUAGCAACAUCCCUAUGGGUACCGGUACUUCUGAGCUCGGUAACUGUCUGUCCUUUGGUUCGACCGUAUACGGUUUCGCAACUGGCUGGACUAGUUACGCCGCAGACUACACCGUCUACCAACCGGCUGACCGCAGCCGCCGCAAGGUCUUCCUCUCAACCUGGAUCGGACUGAUUGUCCCCCUCAUCUUUACUGAAUUCCUCGGAAUUGCCGUUAUCUCCGCAGCCUACGCAUCCGACAGCAACAAGUACAUGGCCGGUUAUAAAGCAUCUGGCAAUGGCGGCUUGAUUGCCGCUGUCCUCGAGCCUCUCGGUGGAUUUGGUAAAUUCUGCCUCGUCAUUCUCGCCCUUUCCAUAAUUGCCAACAACUGCCCCAACAUCUACUCCGUCUCUCUGACUCUGCAAGUCCUGAGCCGUUACACCCAGAUGGUUCCCCGUUUCAUUUGGACUUUCCUCGCCUCUUGUGUUUCCUUGGCAAUUGCCAUUCCUGGCUACUCGCACUUCGAAACUGUCUUGGAGAACUUCAUGAACCUCAUCGCCUAUUGGUUGGCUAUCUACACUGGUAUCGCGGUCUCAGAUCAUUUCUUCUUCAAGCGUGGCUUUGGCGGAUAUCGACCUGAAGACUAUGAUAAGCGCGAGAAACUUCCAUACGGUAUCGCCGCGUCUUUCGCCUUCUGCUUUGGUAUCGCCGGUGUUGUCACUGGUAUGAGUCAAACCUGGUGGGUUGGACCCAUCGCAAAGCACGCCGGUGCUCUUCCUUACGGUGGUGAUGUCGGCUUUGAAUUGGGCUUUGCUUUCGCGUUCACAACAUAUUGUGCUCUGCGUCCUCUUGAACUCCAUUAUUUCGGCCGUUAA